CUGAUCAUUGCGUCAUCGUCAGCUGAGUGAAGUGGGCGGAGCAUUAAACGAUGCAGGAAGAGCGCUGAUAUCACAACCAAUGUGGAAAUAAACAAGCCUUUCUUUCAAACGUACGUAAAUAUGAUACGUUUGUUGUUUUAGAUAAACACACCAGAUCGUCAUUAAAAACAUAAAGGAGUGCCUGUAAGAAGGCAGGAGACAUCAUGACCGAGCACAAUGAUUGCAGUCUUUCCUCUGAUGAGAGGGUGCGUGCCCUUACCAAGCUCGGGAGCUCUGUGGACGUCAGCGAAGAUGUGCCGCCCCGACGAUACUUCCGUUCGGGAAUGGAGAUCAUCCGAAUGGCCAACAUCUAUGCCGAGGAGGGGAACGUAGAGCAUGCGUUUGUUCUUUACAAUAAGUACAUAACGUUAUUUAUUGAAAAACUUCCUAAACAUCGAGAAUAUAAAACAGCCAACAUUCCUGAGAAGAAAGAAACAAUGAGGAAAUUAAAGGAAAUCGCCUUUCCAAAAGCAGAGGAGCUGAAAAUGUUGCUUCUUAAGCAGUAUGAGAAGGAAUAUGCUGAACAACUUGUCCAAAAGAGAAUCGAGCAGGAGGCCCAGGCCCGAGACGUGAUCAAGCAACAGGAGCUGGAGGCCCAGCGGCAGAAACAGGCCGAGCUGCAGCAGCGUCAGCGCGAGCAGGAGCAGCUCAUCGCUUUCGAGGAGAUGAUCCGCAAGCAGGAACUUGAGAAGGAGCGGCGGCGGAUCGUUCAGGAGUUCGGCCCGCCAAAAUCACCAACUUUUCCAGUUGAUCUCCUGGUGACUGAUGUACGUGGACCUCCACAAGCUUCGUUCUCAACACCAGCGGCGCCUGCUGGAACUCAAAACCUUGUUUCUCCAACUUCUAGCCUUCCGGCAUUUCCAGCGUUCGAUCGCUCUUUGAAGCCUACCGUGUCAGUCAGUGCAGGACAUAGUGUGUUGAUAAACGGCUUGCGGCAGCUCUCCGUUCCUGCCGAGCUGUGCCAGAAAUUUUUAAAGCUGGCAGAUGCCAACACAGCACGAGGGGUGGAGACCUGUGGGAUUCUCUGUGGCAAGCUGAUGAAAAACGCUUUUACAGUGACACACGUGAUCGUGCCCAAGCAGUGUGGCGGUCCAGACUACUGUGACACAGAGAACGAAGAGGAACUUUUCCUGAUCCAGGAUCAGUAUGACCUCAUUACACUGGGCUGGAUCCAUACUCAUCCCACCCAGACAGCCUUUUUGUCCAGUGUGGACAUGCACACACACUGCUCUUACCAAAUGAUGCUUCCCGAGUCCAUAGCCAUCGUGUGCUCACCUAAAUUUAAUGAGACCGGCUAUUUUAGUCUAACAGACUUUGGGAUGGAUGAGAUCUCUUCCUGCAAACAAAGAGGGUUCCACCCACAUCCAAAGGAGCCUCCGCUCUUCUCCGCUAGCCGACACACCAUUAUUACCGAUGGAAGUGUGACCGUGAUGGACUUGCGGUAAAGUCAACACUGCUGCUUCAGAAUACGUGCCUUCGCUCCAGACAUCACAGCAACACACAAACUUGCCAAGAAAAUCUCUCUAUGGGUGAAAUGAAGUGUUACGCUGAACAUCGCCGCAGGCUUCUUUUGUCACAUUUUAUCACCCUGUGCACGGAUUUCAUUUAUCUGGUUUAAUCUGAAACUGCCCCUGAUAUUGCAGAAAUGCACACUUCACCUUUAAACAGUUUUAAGUAA